UAAGAAAAUGAAGCACAUCCAUUCACUUAAAUUCCACACUUGGUUUUUUGUCAUUAUUGUUUUCUUGGUUCUUAGCCAUGGUGGAAGUCUUCAUCCUCAUCAUUUCAUGCAUGGAGAGAAGAUAACUCAUGGUGAUCACCAAAUUCAUUCACACCCCAAGAAGCAAAAAUAUGAAGAAUUAUAUCCAACAGGGUCAAACAUACCAGAUUGCUCACACGCUUGUGGGCCAUGUUUUCCAUGCAAAAGGGUGAUGAUAGGCUACAAGUGUCCGAUGACCGAAUCAUGCCCAGUCAUUUAUAGAUGCAUCUGUAGAGGCAGAUACUAUCAUGUUCCAUCAAACUAAGUAUAACUUCUUUUUUUGACUUGUAAUAGGGGAAUUGUUUGGACUAAUCUAAGUUUUUAAUUUUUUUUCGAUCAAUUUAUGGAAC